AUGGCGGAGACCACGAAAGAAAAGGUUGAGAAAGUAUUUCAAGUGAAAUUAACGGAAGAUCAGUUACGUGCUAUAGAAAGUAUACAGCAGGGAAAAGAUGUAUUCGUAGGUACCAGGACAGGGAGUGGAAAGUCACUCAUAUAUGAGAGUUCCCCCGUUGUGUUUGGACAAUCGGCCGUGUGUGUCAUAGUUUCCCCGCUUCUCAGCAUCAUGAAAGAGCAGGUAAACAGACUCUCAGGACUGGGUUUCCGGGCAACAUACAUCGGAAAGUCAGAUUGCCGAAAAGAUGAUGUGCGUAAGGGUUACUACCAGUUCUUAUUUGGAAGUCCUGAAGCCUUGGUUGGAAACGACGAGUGGAGAGAAAUCUUCCGGGAUCCCGAAUUUUCAGCAAGACACAAGUUGACAGUUGUUGACGAAGCCCACACAGUUUAUCAAUGGGGUGAAGGGCAGAAGAAUGAGGAAGCCUUCAGAACAUUUUUUUCAAAGAUUGGUGAGCUUCGAUCCCUUAGCCUGACUGUGCCCUUACUUUCGCUGACAGCAACAGCUAGUCCAUCAAACAGGAAGAAAAUCAUGAAAAGUUUAUGCUUCAGGGAAGAUUAUGUGUGCAUACUGGACAGUCCAGACAAACCAAACAUUAAAAUAAAUGUGAAAUGCAUUAAAAAUAAUGCAGAUAUUAGUGACACAUUUGAAUGGCUUAUUGAAACUCUCAACAGGGACAAAAUAAACACCCCCAGACAUGUUGUAUUUUGCAACAGCAUAAAAGACUGUGCCUUACUCUACAGUACAUUUUUAAGGAAAUGUGAUUCUUCCAUGUUACAUAUGUUCCACAGCAAAAUAGCAGAACACGUGAAAGACAAAAUUCUUGUGGACAUGGAGUCUGAAGAAGGACAAAUAAGAGUCCUUUUCUGUACAAACGCUGCUGGGAUGGGAGUUAAUUUCAAGGGCCUACACAACAUCAUACAUUAUGGUCCACCACGAGACUUGGACAGCCUUACGCAGCAGAUGGGCAGGGCAGGAAGAGACAAUGAAUUUUCCAAUGAAUUAAUACUUUACAAGAAUCACAAAGGGCAUUUUAAAAAAACUGACCCUGAAGAUUUAUCACUGAUAAAGACAGACAAUCAGUGCAGAAGAAGCAUUCUGUGCAAAGCUUACAGUGCACCUAGUCAUAUUUAUGAACAAAAGCACAAAUGCUGUGAUGUUUGUGAGAAAAAAUGUGACUGUGUAGAUUGUCCCAAGUUGACGCAUCCAGCUUACCAAACAAUGGAGGAAUCACCACAGGAUCAAGACACAUUCCAUCGUGAAGUCUGUGAUGAGGACAAGACAACUUUAAAGCACAAGCUAGAGUUAAUGCAGUCAGCCCAGAGUAGCAUGCCAGAUUUGUUUGGUGACCAUUCUGAACUGAGAGAUAAAACCAUUAAUAGUCUAUUAGUUAAUUGUCAUAAAAUAUUUACAGUUAAUGAUGUGAUGGAAUAUGCAACAGUUUGGUUAGUUGACACUGCUAAGCAAAUAAUUAAGAUUUUUGAUGAUGUGUUUAAUGACAUUUUGGUUUAUGAUUCUUCCGACACAGAGUCAGAUUAG